AUGAUCCUUCGCAACAGAGCAACCAUGUUUGCCAUUUUCAUGUCCACUUCUGCAUCAGGAGUGACCGCCUUUGUUCCUUCCAUCUCAAGAGAUGGUCUGAUUAGAACGCCUUCGAAAAAUGUCGGAAGUCCUUCCUUCUUGCAGCCAAUGUCCAUCUGGAAGUGCGCAUCUUCACCAGCAAGAUGCUCGUCGUUCGUGCUCUCCAUGGCUGCCGACGACUUUGAUGAGUCCAAAUACACGACUGCUGCCUGGUCAGCGAUUGCCUCUUUGACCAAAGUUGCGGAGUACUAUCAAUCUGUUUCAUGUGAAUCUUUUCACCUUCUUGACAUUCUUUUGAAUCCCAGCAAACACUCAGCUGGAGACGAAGCUGAGUCUGCCAGACGAGUGGUUGAAAAGACUCUUAGUCAAGCUGGAGUUGAUGUCAAACAACUUCGCAAGUCUCUUGACACAUACCUCGGAAAGCAACCAAAACUCAAGGAAUCUGCUGGCCAGAAAACUAUGGGUCGCAAUUUGCCUAAGAUCUUGGAGACUGCGCGUGGCACUAUGAGCACACUUGGAGAUAGCUUCGUUUCGGCAGAGGCUCUUCUUCUUGCUCUCGCAAAGGAGGACACUCAAUUUACCAUAGACGCUCUCAAGGAACAAGAAAUCAGCUACAAGGAUGUCCUAGAGGUUGUCAAGAAAAUGAGAGAAUCAUCGGGGCCAACCAUUUCGCGAUCAGCGGAAAACAUGUUUGAUGCUCUUCUAAAAUAUGGGAUUGACUUCACAUCCCUCGCCGAAGAAGGAAAGCUAGACCCUGUGAUUGGCAGAGACCAAGAAAUCAGACGCGCCAUUCAAAUCUUGAGUCGAAGAUCCAAAAAUAACCCAGUCCUGAUUGGAGAUCCAGGUGUCGGAAAGACAGCUAUUGCCGAAGGUAUUGCGCAACGAAUUAUUGCUGGUGAUGUUCCUGACAGUCUUAAAGACUGCCGAUUGAUCGGUUUGGAUCUUGCUGCCCUCGUAGCUGGUGCAACCAUGCGAGGCGAGUUUGAAGAGCGUUUGAAGGCUGUUGUGGAAGAAGUUACCAAAAGUGAGGGAGGAGUCAUUCUCUUCAUUGAUGAAAUGCACACUGUCGUUGGAGCGGGAUCUGCACAAGGUUCUAUGGAUGCUUCGAACCUUCUGAAACCCGCGCUGGCGCGUGGUGGUUUGCGUUGCAUCGGUGCCACCACUAUCAAUGAAUAUCGCAAGUACAUUGAACAAGACAAAGCAUUAGAGCGCAGAUUCCAACAGGUCAUAAUUGACCAACCAUCUCCUGAAGAUGCCGUUAGUAUUCUUCGCGGUCUGAAGCCUCGAUACGAAGCUCACCACGGUGUUCGAAUCCGUGACGAAGCCCUUUUGGCAGCGGCAAAGCUUAGUCAUCGUUACAUCCCAGACAGAUUUCUACCAGAUAAAGCCAUUGAUCUUGUGGACGAAGCUUGUGCCAAGCUGAAGAAUGAGAUCACUUCUAAGCCUACUAUCUUGGAUGAGAUUGACCGGAGAAUUAUCCAGCUCGAGAUGGAACGGCUCUCGCUUCAAUCUGACUUUGACAAAGACGAGAGUGUGAGUAAAGAUGGAGGUGUACGAUUGAUGGGAAUCGAUAAAGAGUUGGAGGACCUUCGCAAGCAGCAACAAGAACUGACAAAUCGCUGGCGAGCCGAAAAGGGUGGUGUUGAUAGAAUCAAAGACUUGAAGAAUGAAAUCGCCAAAGUCAAUGUUGAAAUAGAGAAGUGUGAGCGUGAAUUCGAUUUGAACAAGGCAGCUGAAUUGAAGUAUUCCACUUUGCCUUCUCUCCUAGAUGAACUUGGAAAACUUGAAGCCAUUGCCGAAGAAGACAGCCUUGCCACUGGAGGUGCAGAGCGAAUGCUUCGUGAUGAAGUGAUAGCUGACGAUAUUGCAAAUGUUGUAGCUAUUUGGACUGGAAUUCCACCAAACAAGCUCCUUGAAAGCGAACGUGAUCGCAUUCUUAAUAUGGGAGACAAUCUCAGGAAUCGCGUCAUUGGUCAAGACGACGCUAUCGAGGUUGUUACAGAAGCAGUCCAACGCUCUCGUGCAGGUCUGAACGAUCCAUCUAAGCCAAUUGCAUCACUCAUAUUUCUUGGCCCUACUGGCGUCGGUAAAACAGAGCUUUGUAAGGCUUUGAGUGAAUUCAUGUUCGACAGCGAAGACGCUCUGAUCAGAAUUGACAUGUCAGAGUACAUGGAAAAGCAUACAGUCUCUCGACUCCUCGGUGCUCCUCCAGGCUACGUUGGCUAUGACGAGGGUGGUCAAUUGACAGAUGCCAUUCGCCGAAAACCAUAUUCUGUCCUUCUUUUUGACGAAAUGGAGAAGGCCCAUCCCGAUGUGUUCAACGUGAUGCUUCAACUUCUUGAUGAUGGAAGGUUGACUGAUAGCAAAGGAAACGCUGUGAACUUCAGAAAUACUAUCUGUAUCUUUACAAGUAACAUUGGAAGUCAAGAUAUCUUAGAUCUCGAUGGAGAUUCCGAUGAAGGAAAGGCAGAGAUAAGAAAGAGAGUAACAACGGCAAUGAAGGACCAUUUCAGACCAGAGUUCCUCAAUCGAAUUGAUGAACAUGUCAUUUUCAACAGCCUCGGAAAGAAGGAGCUCCGCGAAAUUGUCAAGUUGGAAAUCAAACGCCUUCAAAAGCGCUUGGAUGAGAAAGAAGUCACGUUGCACAUUAGCGACAGUGCCUUGGAUUUCUUGGCUGACGUUGGAUUUGAUCCUAUUUAUGGCGCUCGUCCAUUGAAGCGAACCAUCCAGAGAGAAUUGGAAACUGUGAUCGCGAAGGGAAUCUUGGGUGGUUCAUAUGGAGAUGGUGAUGCCAUCAUUGUUGAUGUCGCCAACGAGAGACUCUCCGUUUUCAAAGCCGGAUCAGCUGCUCCAACUUCCUAUGACAACAACGCAGUACCGACUUUCGAAUAA